CAUUUUAUAAAUGACAGCUUUCUAAAAAAAACAAAACUACAAAAUUUAACAAAUUUCUAUUAAAUUCUUUUGUUUAUAAAACAUUUAUUCAAUUUUUCAAGUGUGUUUUUUAAAUAAAAUAUCAACCCUGCAGGACUCAAGCAUGUUAGACGGUUGGUAUUGCCGUAGUUUGGCAAAUGAACAGGCAGCUUCUUCGCAAAAUCAAGACGAAGAAAAUGAUGGAAACGAUAAUGAAUCUGGCUCCGAAGAUAGCCAAGACGAGGGACAGGAUAACUUUAAUAAUCCCGUCGAUUAUAAAACACAAUCACGUUAUUUAAAACGUAAAUUAAAAUUUCUCAUAUAUGAAAACGAAUUCUUUCAAGACGCCCUUCGUUCGAGUCAACGUCGUUUGUUGAAAGUUUCACGCGAUAGGUCAUUUCUAUUGGAUCGCCUUUUGCAAUAUGAAAAACCAGAAAUAACAUCUUCCGAGAGUGAGGAAACUGAAUCUUCAGAUGACGAAGCCAAGGAAGCCAAAAAACGCAAGGCUGCAGAAGGCACUCCAGCAACUGGACCUGGUUCAGGUAGAGGCAGAAAAAAGAAAACCGGCCCAAAGGUCAAAACAGAGGCUCCCAAAAACAACACAAACAACCAACCCGAAGGUCAUAUGACUGCCGAGGAAGUCGAACGACAUUUACAGUCGAGGCAAUCUCUGGCAGAACUCGUACCCGAGAGAGCUCCUCCCACAGUUCCAACAGAGAUGUUCAGCAAUGAACCAUCCCUGGAUAGCGAAUCCAAUGAUCAAAUGAUUGAGACUUCCCCCAGUAACAUAGGCGAAGAGUGCCUCAGCGUGGAAUACAACAAUUAAACCUUAAAUCUUAUAACUUUAUCUUAAACUUCUCAAUAAAAAUUCAUACAGUAAAUCUUCA